AAUCAAAAGAAAUAAACGAAAAAGGUCAUAUUCCCCCUCUUCCCAAAAACCCUCGCUUUUCAAAAUCACAUCACUCUUUGCUUUGCUCCCACCAGAACACCAAACUAAACCACUCUCUGCUCGCAAAUGUGAGAUCUUUCUGCGCAACAUUUAGAGAGAGAGAGAGAGAGAGAGAGAGAGAUGAGUUCGAAGGAGAGUUGCAGAAACGAGCUUCGAACUGCUAUUCGUCAGCUCAGCGAUCGAUGUCUCUAUUCCGCCUCCAAAUGGGCAGCAGAGCUGCUCGUGGGUAUCGAGCAAGACCCAGCGAAGUUCACGCCGGCAAACACCAGGUUCCACCGUGGAAGCUCUAGCAUCCGCCGCAGGUUUCGCACCAACGAUGUCACCUCGACGCCGACUACCGGUGUGUCCUACGUAUCUACUCCAGUGAUGGAGGAAGACGAGAUCGUGGAUGGUGAUUUUUACCUCUUGGCUAAGUCGUAUUUUGAUUGCCGAGAGUACAAAAGGGCUGCUCACGUGCUCCGUGAUCAGAUGGGGAAGAAAUCGGUGUUCUUGCGCUGCUAUGCUCUUUAUCUGGCUGGAGAAAAGCGCAAAGAGGAAGAAAUGAUAGAGCUUGAGGGACCGUUAGGUAAGACCGAUGCUGUGAACCGUGAACUGGUUUCCAUAGAAAGAGAGCUAUCAACACUCCACAAGAGUGGCGCAAUUGAUCCUUUUGGGCUAUACUUGUAUGGUAUUGUGCUCAAAGAGAAAGGGAGCGAGAACCUUGCUCGUUGGGUUCUUGUGGAGUCUGUGAAUAGCUACCCUUGGAACUGGGAUGCCUGGUCAAAACUCCAGUCUUUAUGCACUACAAUUGACAUAUUGAACAGCAUUAGUCUCAAUAACCAUUGGAUGAAGGACUUCUUUCUUGCCAAUGCUUACCAAGAACUAAGAAUGCACAACGAGUCCUUAGCAAAAUACGAAUAUUUGCAGGGCACUUUCAGUUUUAGUAAUUACAUACAGGCUCAAAUUGCAAAAGCUCAGUAUAGUUUAAGGGAAUUUGAGACAGUUGAAGCAAUCUUUGAAGAACUUCUCAGGAAUGACCCAUAUCGAGUGGAAGACAUGGAUAUGUACUCCAAUGUGCUUUAUGCCAAAGAAUGUUUUUCUGCCCUGAGUUACCUUGCCCAUAGGGUAUUCUUGACAGAUAAAUACAGACCCGAAUCUUGCUGCAUUAUUGGGAAUUAUUACAGUUUAAAGGGGCAGCACGAGAAGUCGGUCUUGUACUUUAAGAGGGCACUUAAACUGGACAAGAACUAUUUAUCAGCUUGGACGCUUAUGGGUCAUGAGUUUGUUGAGAUGAAAAAUACUCCAGCUGCUGUUGAUGCCUAUCGCCGUGCUAUAGACAUAAACCCUUGUGAUUAUCGAGCUUGGUAUGGACUGGGACAAGCUUACGAGAUGAUGGGGAUGCGCUUUUAUGCCCUUCACUAUUUCCGGAAAUCUGUCUUCUUGCAACCGAACGAUUCUCGACUGUGGAUAGCCAUGGCCCAGUGCUAUGAACAGGACCAACUUCACAUGCUGGAAGAAGCAAUCAAGUGCUACAGAAGGGCAGUUAGUUGCAAUGACCGGGAAGCAAUUGCCCUGCACCAGUUAGCAAAGCUACACAAAGAGCUCGGACGUUCUGAAGAGGCUGCUUUUUACUACAAGAGGGAUUUGGAAAGGAUGGAAGCUGAAGAGAGGGAAGGACCAAAUAUGGUUGAAGCUUUGCUAUUUCUUGCCACACACUACAAGGACCAGAAGAGAUUUGAAGAAGCAGAGGUGUACUGUACUCGUCUUCUGGAUUACACUGGUCCAGAGAAGGAAACAGCAAAGAGUUUGCUGCGAGGAAUGAGAAUAACACAAUCCAGUUUCCCUUCUAUGGAUGUUGAACACUUUCCUCCCUGAUAUUCCCACGAGCACGCUCUAGAUGCAUGUUUAUGCCAGUUUCUGGCUCAUGGGAAAUCAACAGCCAAUGAAAUGUGUGGAAUCAAUUGAAGAUAGAGCGUAACUCGGACUUCUGCCAUUCUAUAAAUUGUUUGAUGAUGAUCUUAUUAUUGUCGUCAAGAUUAAGGGUGAAUGUCACCGCUGCUGAAAUCAAGUGUGGUGUGUCUAGGACGCCUUUCAAAGUAUGAAAAUUAUUACUUCAUUCUGUAUUAGAACAUCAUACUUGUAGGGAUUUUUUUGGGGGGGUUCUCUUAUUUAUUUAUUUAUAGGACACCAGAAUUGUAGAUCGAAGCCUGUACAAAUAAUCUUCCAAAGCGUAGCUGGCAUUACGGUCAUUUCCUCAUGCCUCACAGUCAUUAAAAUGUUGAAUUUUGCCAUCUUUACGGCAGUUAGUUUCUUUUUGGUUAUUCUUUGUUGAGAUGGUGUGUUCUAGACUUUGUAUGAAAUUAAACUCACCUCGUUACUCGUGUUUCAUAGGUUUUGGCAGUCCAGUGAGCUUUGUGUUGUUUAAAUGCCCAUACUUUAGCUAAUCUAUUU